AUGGCGCAAUCGAGUCCUAUUACCGACGUGACGCAACGGUUGUUUGCGGAGCUGAAGUCGAAGAACGAUGAUACCAAGGCCCGAGCUGCCUUUGAGCUCCACGACAACGUCGUCGCAGUCUCCCGAGAUUGGCCCUCGGAGAAGUUCAACGAGUUUUACAACGCGGUCAGCCAGAGAAUCGCGCAGCUGGUGGUGACAGGCAACGAUGCCAAUGAGAGGGUCGGCGGUCUCCUCGCCCUCGACCGACUGAUCGAUUUCGACGGGGUGGAUGCCGCCCAGAAAACCACUCGAUUUGCCAGUUACCUCCGAAGCGCCCUUCGAAGCAACGAUAAUGCAGUAUUAAUAUGUGCAGCCCGGUCGCUGGGGAGGCUGGCGAAGCCUGGCGGGGCACUGACGGCUGAGUUGGUGGAAAGUGAGAUCCAAUCCGCCCUGGAGUGGCUUCAGUCAGAGCGCCAGGAAAGUCGACGAUUCGCAGCCGUGCUAGUGAUUCGGGAGCUAGCUAAAGGCUCGCCGACGCUGCUCUACGGCUUUGUGCCCCAAGUCUUUGAGCUUGUCUGGGUCGCUCUUCGGGAUCCGAAAGUCCUCAUUCGAGAGACUGCUGCACAGGCUGUGGGCGAAUGCUUCGAAAUAAUUGUUGCUCGAGAUUCGUCGGUCCGUCAAUCAUGGUUCGCGAGAAUUUAUGAGGAAGCGUUGCUAGGUCUGAAAUCCCAUAAUGUGGACUGGAUUCAUGGGUCUCUCCUUAUCCUCAAAGAGCUAUUUUUGAAGGGCACAAUGUUCAUGAAGGAGCAUUACCGAAAUGCCUGUGAAAUUGUGCUUCGCCUCAAGGAUCAUCGGGAUCCCAAGAUUCGUACACAAGUCGUCCUCACCAUCCCUAUUCUCGCAUCAUAUGCCCCUGCCGACUUCAUUGAAUUCUACCUUCAUAAAUCCAUGGUCUACCUCCAAGCACAACUCAAAAGAGACAAGGAAAGGAACGCGGCAUUCGUUGCUAUUGGCAAGAUUGCCAACGCAGUGGGACCCGCCAUUGGCGGAUACCUUGAUGGGAUCAUAAUUUACAUUCGCGAGGGGCUUGCAAUGAAGGCGAGAAACCGGUCAGGCGUCGAUGAAGCCCCCAUGUUCGAGUGUAUCAGUAUGCUUUCGCUGGCAGUCGGGCAAACCCUCAAUAAACACAUGGAGCACUUGCUUGAUUCAAUCUUUGCAUGUGGUCUCAGCAAAUCAUUGACGCAAGCUUUGGUCGACAUGGCUCACUAUAUUCCUCCUAUCAAGCCUAUAAUCCAAGACAAACUUCUGGACAUGCUAAGCAUUAUCCUUUGCGGGACAGAUUUUGGACCCCAAGAAAGCUACUCCGAUGCUGAGAUUGCUCUCGCCCUCCACACACUGGGCAGCUUCGACUUUUCUGGUCAUAUUUUGAACGAAUUUGUGCGCGAUGUUGCUGUCAACUACGUCGAGAAUGACAACCCCGAUAUUCGAAAAGCAUCAGCUCUCACGUGUUGUCAACUGUUCGUCCAUGACCCGAUUAUCAACCAGACUAGUGGUCACUCAAUUCAGGUUGUCAGUGAAGUCAUUGACAAAUUAUUGACUGUUGGUAUCGGUGAUCCGGACCCUGAGAUCCGACGCACAGUUUUGUGGUCUCUAGAUCGCAAGUUUGAUCGUCAUUUGGCCCGCCCAGAAAACAUUCGCUGCUUGUUCCUCGCGGUCAAUGAUGAGGUCUUUGAAGUGAAGGAAGCUGCGAUCUGCAUCAUCGGUCGUCUUUCCAGUGUGAACCCAGCUUAUGUCUUCCCACCGUUGCGGAAGCUGCUGGUCAAUCUACUGACAGGACUCGGGUUUGCGAACACUGCCCGCCAAAAGGAAGAGACUGCCCAGCUCAUCAGCUUGUUUGUCUCGAAUGCGACCAAAUUGAUCAGAUCAUAUGUCGACCCCAUGGUAACAGCACUGCUGCCCAAAGCGACAGAUAGCAAUCCAGGCGUCGCCGCUACCACACUCAAGGCUGUAGGAGAGCUUGCCAACGUUGGUGGCGGAGAGAUGAGACGUUACUUGCCGCAGAUCAUGCCUAUCAUCUUGGAGUCCCUUCAGGAUCUUUCCUCUCACACCAAGCGGGAAGCCGCCCUGCGGACUCUGGGUCAACUGUCUGGAAAUGCUGGAUACGUAAUCGAACCAUAUCUCGAAUACCCUCAUCUGCUUGACGUCUUGAUCAAUAUCAUCAAGACCGAACAAACAGGCUCUCUGCGAAAAGAGACAAUUAAGCUAGUUGGCGUGCUUGGUGCUCUCGAUCCCUACAAGUACCAGCAGAUCAGUGAUGUGGAGCCUGAUGUUCACCAUAUCAACGAAAUUCAGAACGUCUCGGACGUUGCCUUGAUCAUGCAGGGUCUCACGCCAUCGAAUGAGGAGUACUAUCCCACGGUGGUUAUUCACACGCUACUUCAGAAUAUCCUGAGAGAAAAUUCGCUGGUGCAGUACCACUCGGCCGUGAUUGAUGCGAUUGUCACCAUUUUCAAGACUCUGGGCUUGAAGUGUGUUCCAUUCCUCGGGCAGAUCGUUCCUGCAUUCAUAUCGGUCAUCAGAAGUUCUCCUCCUAGCCGACUUGAAUCCUAUUUCAACCAGAUGGCUAUCUUGGUCAACAUUGUGCGCCAGCACAUUCGUGCCUUCCUGCCUGAAAUCAUCGACGUAAUACGUGAGUUCUGGGAUGCAUCAUAUCAGGUCCAGGGUACCAUUUUGUCCCUGGUGGAAGCCAUAUCCAGGUCCUUGGAGGGGGAAUUUAGAAAGUACCUUGCUCGCCUGAUUCCUUUGAUGCUUGAUACCCUUGAGAAGGAUACUACACCACGCCGUCAGCCUUCAGAGAAAAUCCUGCACGCCUUCCUGAUUUUCGGCUCGAGUGGCGAAGAAUAUAUGCAUCUGAUCAUUCCUGCCAUCGUACGCAUCUUUGAACGACCACAACACCCUCAGAGCAUCCGCAAGUCGGCCAUUGACAGCUUGACCAAGUUGUCACGGCAAGUCAAUGUCUCUGACUUUGCUUCCCUUAUGGUUCACCCUCUGUCACGGGUUGUGGCCAACGGCGACCGUGUUCUGCGUCAAGCUGCCAUGGACUGCAUCUGUGCUCUGAUCUUCCAGCUCGGUCAGGACUUCACACACUACAUUCAUCUUCUCAGCAAAGUUCUCAAGCAGCAUCAGAUUACUCAUGUCAAUUACCAGAUCUUGGUGACGAAGCUUCAGAAGGGAGAUCCACUUCCGCAGGAUCUUAAUCCCGAGGAAAAUUAUUCAUUCCCCUCCGAUGAUACCAAUUUCGCGGAGAUCGGACAGAAGAAGAUUGUGGUCAACCAGCAGCAUCUCAAGAAUGCCUGGGAUGCUUCGCAGAAGUCCACCCGUGAAGAUUGGCAGGAAUGGAUUCGUCGUUUCAGUGUUGAGCUUUUGAAAGAAUCACCCUCACCGGCAUUGCGAGCAUGCGCCAGUUUAGCGGGUAUUUACCAGCCGUUGGCGAGAGAUCUUUUCAACGCUGCCUUUGUGUCUUGCUGGACCGAACUGUACGAUCAGUACCAAGAGGAGCUAGUCCGUUCCAUUGAGAAGGCCCUCACUUCACCGAACAUCUCUCCAGAGAUCUUGCAGAUUCUACUCAACCUUGCUGAGUUCAUGGAGCAUGACGAUAAAGCCCUUCCCAUCGACAUCCGCACUCUUGGCAAGUACGCCGCGAAGUGUCAUGCUUUCGCUAAGGCACUGCACUACAAAGAACUCGAGUUCGAGCAAGACCAGAACUCUGGCGCCGUCGAGGCUUUGAUCACCAUCAACAAUCAGCUCCAGCAGUCCGAUGCUGCGAUUGGUAUCCUGCGUAAGGCACAGGCAUACCGAGAUGUAGAGCUGAAGGAAACAUGGUUUGAGAAGCUGCAGCGAUGGGAUGAGGCCCUUGCUGCUUACAAGCGACGUGAGAAGACGGACCCAGACUCCUUCGGCAUUACCAUGGGCAAGAUGCGAUGUCUCCACGCUCUUGGCGAAUGGAAGGUCCUUUCCGAUCUUGCGCAAGAGAAGUGGAAUCAGGCAUCAUUGGAACACCGCAGGGCUAUUGCCCCUCUUGCUGCUGCCGCUGCAUGGGGUCGUGGCCAGUGGGAGCUGAUGGAUUCGUACUUGGGUGUCAUGAAAGAGCAGUCCCCCGACCGAUCAUUCUUCGGCGCUAUCCUCGCUAUACACCGCAACCAGUUCGAUGAGGCGAACAUGUACAUCGAGAAAGCACGAAAUGGGCUCGAUACCGAACUUUCAGCCUUGCUUGGAGAAUCAUACAACCGGGCUUACAAUGUCGUUGUCCGCGUCCAGAUGCUUGCCGAACUAGAGGAGAUCAUCACUUACAAGCAAAACGUUGGUGAUCCGGAGAAGCAAGAUGCCAUGCGGCGGACAUGGAACCAGCGAUUGCUGGGAUGCCAGCAAAACGUGGAAGUGUGGCAGCGCAUGCUCAAGGUUAGGGCUCUUGUCACUGCACCGCGUGAGAAUCUUGAUAUGGCUAUCAAAUUUGCGAAUCUUUGCCGCAAGUCCAACCGCAUGGGCCUUGCAGAGCGGUCGCUCGCAUCCUUGGAGACAGUGGUUACAGAUGCCAGUGGCACGCGUACCAUCGCCCCCCCGAGUGAGGACCUUUCCAAGUUCACUACUCUCAUAGCGACGCACAACGAACAUCACGGAAUGAAUGGUGUCAAUGGCGUCGGAGAUCCGAACCACCCAGACGCCACCAGCCUGCGUGAACGGAUUGGGGAUGUUGGGAAGUUUAGGAAGCUUCUCUCGAAGAGUUACCUCAGACAGGGAGAAUGGCAAAGAGCCCUUCAAAAGGGUGAUUGGAAAGCAGAUAAUGUCCGCGAGGUUCUCGGCGCCUACUCAGCGGCCACCCAGUAUAACCGCGAUUCCUACAAGGCCUGGCAUUCUUGGGCUCUUGCAAACUUUGAGGUGGUCCAGGCCAUUGGUAGCCAAGUCAGCCAAGGAAACCGUGAGACUAAGCCUGUGCCGAUUCCCUCACAUUUCGUCACUGAGCAUGUCAUUCCUGCCAUCCGCGGUUUCCUGCGAUCAAUCGCCUUGUCUUCAACGUCUUCUUUGCAGGAUACUCUGAGGUUGCUGACCCUUUGGUUUUCCCAUGGUGGUGAUCAUGAAGUCAACACUGUUGUAACCGAAGGCUUCACUACGGUUAACAUUGACACUUGGCUUUCCGUCACCCCACAACUGAUUGCGCGAAUAAACCAGCCCAACAUCAGGGUCCGCGGUUCCGUUCACAGGCUGCUUGCUGAAGUUGGCAAAACCCACCCCCAGGCCCUUGUGUAUCCGUUGACAGUUGCUAUGAAAUCCAAUGUCGCCCGCCGCUCGCAAUCUGCCAGCAAUAUCAUGGAAAGCAUGCGACAACACAGCGCCAAACUCGUCGAGCAGGCCGAUCUCGUUAGUCACGAAUUGAUCAGAGUUGCUGUGCUAUGGCAUGAGCUUUGGCAUGAAGGUCUGGAAGAGGCGUCCCGUCUCUACUUCGGUGAUCAUAAUGUUGAGGGCAUGUUCGCGACCCUCGCACCUCUUCAUGACAUGCUUGACAAGGGUGCGGAAACCCUCCGCGAAGUCUCGUUUGCUCAAGCCUUCGGACGCGAUCUUGCAGAAGCCAAGCACUACUGCAUGCUCUACCGCCAAUCCGAGGAAAUUGGUGACUUGAACCAAGCCUGGGACCUUUACUACACCGUGUUCCGCAAGAUCAGCCGACAGCUCCCGCAAUUGUCCAUCCUCGAUCUCAAAUACGUCUCUCCGCGUCUCAAGGACUGCUCAGGUCUAGACCUGGCCGUGCCUGGAACAUACCAAAGUGGCCGCCCGAUUAUCUGUAUCGUGAGCUUUGAUCCUAUUCUGCAUGUCCUGCAGACCAAGAAGAGGCCAAGACGGAUGACACUCAAGGGAAACAAUGGAAACUCCUAUAUGUAUGCUCUCAAGGGCCACGAAGAUAUCCGACAAGAUGAGAGAGUCAUGCAGCUCUUUGGGCUGGUCAACACCCUUCUCGACAACGACAGUGAAAGCUUUAAGCGCCAUUUGUCUGUUCAGCGUUUCCCUGCUAUCCCAUUGUCGCAAAGCUCUGGCCUGCUAGGAUGGGUGUGUAACAGUGACACAUUGCAUGCUCUUAUCAAGGAGUACCGAGAGAGUCGCCGCAUUCUGCUCAACAUCGAGCAUCGGAUCAUGCUUCAGAUGGCUCCGGAUUAUGACAGCCUCACCCUCAUGCAGAAGGUCGAGGUCUUCGGGUAUGCUAUGGAUAACACCACUGGCAAAGAUCUUUAUCGGGUACUGUGGCUCAAGAGCAAGAGCUCUGAGGCUUGGCUUGAGCGACGCACUAACUACACCCGAUCUCUCGGUGUCAUGUCCAUGGUUGGAUACAUCCUUGGUUUGGGUGAUCGUCAUCCUUCCAAUCUGCUGCUUGAUCGUACAACUGGCCGUGUUGUCCAUAUCGAUUUCGGCGAUUGCUUCGAAGUGGCUAUGCACCGCGAAAAGUACCCCGAACGAGUUCCGUUCCGCCUGACCCGUAUGUUGACCUUCGCGAUGGAGGUUAGCAACAUUGAAGGAAGCUACCGUAUCACCUGCGAGGCUGUCAUGCGUGUUCUUAGGGAGAACAAGGAUUCCCUUAUGGCCGUUCUAGAAGCUUUCAUUCACGAUCCUUUGAUCAAUUGGCGCCUGGGUGCGCAAGAGUCCCCGGACCGGACGACACUCACUGCCGAACGCCGCCAGUCAAUUAUCGAAGGUCUCAAUUUCGAACACGGUGUGCAGCCGAACAGCUUCUCUCGCCCCCGUCGACCUUCCAUCCUGGAAGGCGGCAUUCUCGAUACGCAAGAAGGUGGAGCUGAGGCCCGCGAAGCACAGAACGCUCGUGCCCUCCAGGUUCUCGCCCGAGUCAAAGAAAAGCUGACUGGUGCCGAUUUCAAACACACCGACGAGCUCAAUAUCAGCGACCAGGUCGACAAGCUCCUUGCUCAGGCUACCAGCGUGGAGAAUAUCUGUCAGCACUGGAUCGGAUGGUGCAGUUUCUGGUAA